AUGAAGAAAUCGAUAAUUAGAUAACUUAAUUCUCCAUCUGUGUCACAUUAUAGAUCAUAGACAAGUGGUUCUGGUUUAUUUGAUUAAUCACGUAUAUUGGAAGAGACAACAGAGAAAUUUUAGAGAUCAUGGAUGAUUCUUGAAAGUGUGUAAGAAUCGAAAAGUCUACGUUAUGCAUUGAAAUAAACAACAACUGAACCAAAUAUACAUCCAGAAUGUUAAUUAGGUGGUACAAUUAUUUCUGGAAAGAUGUAUAAAGUAACUCCAAUGGAAUUUUAUUAUUGUAAUAUUCCUACAAAAGGUGAAAAAUCUCCUUUGAAUUGUACAGUUUAUUGUGAUGGAGAAUUUUAGAUUAUAAUAUCUUUUAAUUCUCCAUUUCCAACAAAAUUUAAUUGUGAUUAAGUAAUAAGGAAUAGAACUUGGACUGUAAGACAUAAUGGAGAAGAUAAAUUAAAUUUAGCAUUUGUAGCUCGUAAAUAAACUGAUAUUAAAUUUAUGAUUUAUUAUGGUUAAACAGAUUCUUUUAAGAAAUUGAUAAGGAUUUAAAGUAAUCAUGAAAGAAUAUAAAUGAGUGAUGAGAUUCCACGUAUGCCUUAAUUUAUUGUAAAUUAGAAUAAGAUAGAAGCAUUUAAGAAAGUAAAUAAGUAUGAAAUGGAAAUUACUCGUUCUGGUCGUUUUAUGUAAGUAUUAAAAACUAGAAAUCUAUAAAAGAAAGCGAUAGUGUAGGCAAGCAAAUAAAAGAAUUUAGAUUUUUAAGCUAAAGAAUGGGCACACGAGGAAUUGAAACUCAUUACUUUAACAUUGAGAAAUAUGAAGAGAAGAGGAGAAUAAACAUUGUUAUGGAAUGAAUUACUUUAAUAUUUGAGAUUGAUAGAUAAUUUAUAUCGUAUUUUAUAAUAGAGGAGAAAAUAGUUAUAGAAAAAUAAUAUGAUGAUCAUAUGUAUUUAAUCAAGAAUGUCAAAGUUUAGAGAAGAAUAUAAAUUUAAUCGUGAAGAUUUGAAUUAGAGAACUGCAGCAUAAACAAUGAUGACUAUAAUGAUGUUUUGUAAAUAAUGUAAGAGACGAAUUAAAUACAAUUCAUUGAUUCUUGUUUUACCGACUUUGAAAUGGAGAGCCUCUUUAUAUAUGUUUAAACGAAAGGCUCUACUUACUAAUUGUAAAUUAUAAUUAAUUAGAAUCAAUUUAAAUUAAUUUGUAAGAAAUGUACGUGAAUAUAAAGCAUAGAUGAUAUAGAAAUGGGAUUAAUAUACUAUGAAGAUUCAUCAAUACUAAUCUAUUCACAAAGGAGAUAAAAGAUUCUUAACUUGGGUUAAGUUUUUAUAUGAAAAAGGAUAUUAGGUAUAUUUUUAGAAUUUAUUCAUUACUCUAUUGAUGAGAGAUAGAUAUCGAUCUCAUAUUAAAGAGUAAAGAGAAAUAAAGAAAUAUCGAUAGGAAAUGAAAACUGCCAAGUUGCAAUUGAAAUUUGCAAGAGAUACUGUAGAUAUUAUGACUUUACGUUAAAGGAUUUUUAAAUUAAGUAAUGACAUUUAUGCAAUGUAACUAAAGAAUCAAUUUUUUAUACAUUCUGAUGUGGAGAGAUUCGUAUCUUCUAUUAUUGAAUAGAGUUCUUUCAUCUUUUUAGAUGAUGAUAAUAAUCCUAAUAGUUAAGAAAAGUCAUCUCGUCUUCGUGUUAGUUUGAAGAAAUAAAAAACACUUCGUAUCUCUAGAAAAUCUUGA